GCAGCGCUGGAUGAUUUUGCUCUCCCUCAUCCUCUGUCUCUCUCUCUCUCUCUCUCUCUCUCUCUCUCUCUCUCUCUCUCUCUCUCACCACCCCACAUCCCCUGCGAUACUGCUCUGACCAGACUCUGCCUCAGAGAAAAACAAACACUAACCCAUCCACAUACUCAUACACUGACAGGAAGCAGAGAGGGUUGCUGCUGCUCCUUCCUUCCUCUUUUUCUUACACAGAUACACACUCUUCCACUCCAUCUAAUUACACAACACCCACCUUGCCUUGCAGCUAAGAGAAGAUCAAGAGGAGGACACGGCAGGAAUGUGAGUGAGGAGCUGCAUCUGAAAACGCCUGCCCAAAAGGACUCCUCCCUCAUCUGUCUUGGUGAUUAACUCCAGAUCUGCAGCAGUGUGAGACUCCCUGCUGUGUGUUGCUGCACGGGGAAUGCACGGUGGAUAUAGAGACGUGGCCUGAACACAAUGAGCAGCCAGGACAAAUGGGUCACGCUGACCCCAGCUGAAUUCGCCUUGCUACAGGAAUACACUCAGUACUCAACCAAGAAGCUGAAGGAUGUGCUGCAGGAGUUCCAUGGAGAUGGUGUGUUGGCUAAAUACAAUCCAGAGGAGAAGCAGGAAAUUCUCAGCCAGGAGAUUGACUUCCAGGGCUUUAAGGUCUUUAUGCAAACAUUCCUGGAGAGUGAACUCCCUGAAGAGUUCUGUCAACACCUUUUCAUGUCGUUUAGCAACAAAGGACCCAAACCCAGUCCCUCAUCUUCUGACAAACCUCGAGUCUCUGGACUGAAGCUGAUCAAAGGCAACUCCACCCCUCUGAAGACCCCUACUCUGCCCAGGCCUCUAGAUACAGUGCAGCUUAAGGACAUUGUGUGUUACCUCUCCUUGCUAGAGGGCGGGCGUCCUGAGGACAAGCUUGAAUUCAUGUUUCGACUCUACGACACAGAUGGAAAUGGCUCCUUGGACAGCUCGGAGUUAGAGCACAUUGUCUCCCAGAUGAUGCAUGUCGCAGAGUACCUGGAAUGGGAUGUGACCGAGCUGAAACCAAUCCUUCAGGAAAUGAUGCAGGAGAUUGACUACGAUCACGAUGGUACUGUAUCACUGGAAGAGUGGAUCCAGGGAGGGAUGACCACCAUCCCCCUGCUAGUCUUGCUGGGCCUGGAGACAAACGUAAAAGAUGAUGGGCAGCACGUGUGGAGACUGAAGCACUUCAAUAAGCCAGCCUACUGUAACCUGUGUCUCAACAUGUUAAUUGGACUGGGGAAGCAGGGUCUCUGCUGCUCAUUCUGCAAGUACACAGUCCACGAGCGCUGUGUGGCUCGCGCUCCGCUGUCUUGCAUCAAAACCUAUGUCAAGUCCAAGAAAAACACAGAGGUAAUGCAUCAUUUCUGGGUGGAAGGGAACUGCCCCACCAAGUGUGACAAGUGUCACAAAACCAUUAAGUGUUACCAGGGUCUGACUGGGCUCCACUGUGUUUGGUGUCAAAUCACGCUCCAUAACAAGUGUGCCUCACAUGUGAAACCUGAGUGUGACUGUGGACCCCUGAAGGAUCACAUCCUGCCCCCCAACUCAAUCUGCCCCAUCGUCCUGGAAAGACAGUCUACACUGAGGAAGGACUCUCGGUCAAGUCAGUCAGGCCGAGGAAAGAUGCAGAGAGCCAACUCUGUCACAGUCGAUGGCCAAGGACUGCAGAUCACAACAAUAGAGGGCACUCAUCCUCUGCUGGUGUUUGUCAAUCCGAAGAGCGGGGGGAAGCAGGGAGAGAGGAUUUACAGAAAGUUCCAGUAUCUUCUGAACCCAAGACAAGUCUACAACCUGGCUAAAAACGGACCCAUGCCGGGGUUGAAUUUCUUCAGAGAUGUUCCUGAUUUCAGAGUGUUGGCCUGUGGAGGUGAUGGCACUGUGGGCUGGAUCCUGGACUUCAUUGAUAAGGCCAACCUGGACAAGAACCCUCCUGUGUGUAUACUUCCUCUUGGCACGGGCAACGACCUGGCAAGAUGUCUGCGAUGGGGAGGAGGCUAUGAGGGCGAAAGCCUCCUUAAGAUCCUGCGGGACAUUGAGAACAGUACAGAGGUGAUGCUGGAUCGCUGGAAGAUUGAUGUCACACCCACAGACAAGGAAGAGCGAGGGGACCCAGUGCCUUACAGCAUUAUAAACAACUACUUUUCCAUCGGAGUGGAUGCCUCAAUCGCACAUCGUUUCCAUGUUAUGAGAGAGAAACACCCUGAGAAGUUUAACAGCAGAACAAAGAAUAAGCUGUGGUACUUUGAGUUCGGCACUUCGGAGACCUUUUCGGCCACAUGUAAGAAGCUCCACGACUUUCUGGAGGUUGAGUGUGAUGGUGUUACUCUGGACCUUAGCAGUAUUUCCUUGGAAGGCAUUGCCAUUCUCAACAUUCCCAGCAUGCAUGGUGGCUCCAACCUUUGGGGUGAAAGCAAGAAGAGGAGGGGCAAUCGCAAGGGAGGAAAGAAGGGUCAAGACAAAAGGACACCUGUGCUCGACCCCAAAGAACUCAUGUUUGCGGUUCAAGACCUGUCUGACCAGCUCUUGGAAGUUGUGGGACUCGAAGGAGCCAUGGAGAUGGGUCAGAUCUACACUGGCCUGAAGAGCGCUGGAAGGCGCUUGGCACAGUGCUCCUCUGUGACUAUCAGAACCAGUAAAUCCCUUCCAAUGCAGAUUGAUGGUGAACCUUGGAUGCAGACUCCCUGCACUAUUGAGAUCAUUCACAAGAACCAAGCUCCCAUGCUAAUGGGACCACCACAAGGGCGAAGCUUCUUCUCUUCACUGAUCAGACGAACUCGCACUGAGAGCAAAGACUGAACCUUCAAGACCUCCGAGUGCUCACACACACCUGCAGGGCAGUAGUCACCGGUUGAUCUUAGCUGGGCUUGUUUGUAAAGGAGCCCUUUGUCUGAUUGAUGGCCCAGCAUACAGUAGCAAAGUGUAGGAUCAGGAUGUGUCGCCUGCAGCAUGGAGAUGUCACUGAGAAGCCCACAUUGGAUCCAAAGCGAGGCGAGUUUAGGACUGACACUUUCUUCUACAGUCUGUGGUGUACUUUCGCUCCAAAAAUAUUGAAGCUAUUUAUGGAAGUUCACUUCUGUUCUUCUUCUAUUUUCUAAACUUCUGUUUUUAUUUUUGCUGUUGUGCUCUGUGCCAUGUGGAACAAACCCACAGUUGAAUGUGUUUUGUGAGAUGUAUUUAUUUAUUUAUUUAUUUAUUCAUAUUUAACUGCUAUUGAUGUUUUCUAAUGUUUUAUUUUUGUAUUUGCAUACCCCUGAUGCAUGAUGGACAGUGAAAGAGGCUGCUGCUGUUGGAGAUGACAUAUCUGCAGUUUGCAUCUGAUUUUUCCCAAAGUGUUUAGUAAAAAGUGAAGUGUCUCUACCCAACAUCUCUUCUACGCUUCACUCAUGAAUGACUUCAAAUAGUGCAAAGACAGAGAAUCUGCUUUCGUUUCAUGUUUCCUGCAAGUCAUCCUUGUCAUGUUUUGAUUGGCUGUUUUGUUCCUCCGUCAGUGGAAAGAUUAGGAAUGAUUAUUGAUUGCUCAUAAAAAAUGCAUGACACUCUUUGUUUUACGUCGCACGAGAGAUUUCCAGACAGUUUUACCAGAUCUGUGCACACUUUCUGUUGCAUGAGUGGCCAUGAUCUCUUUUGACACUUAUGGAAAUUGAUAAUUUUUGAAUCUGCAUCUACAGCACAGUUCCAUUUCAACCACAUCAUCCUUUAUCUGCAUUUUUAUGGGAUCCUGUGCUUUCUUAACAGGUACUCAGGCAUAUUAGAAUGAAAAUAUUUGAAAAGCCACAGAAAACAACAAUAUUUAUCUUGACUUUCUAUUGCUACGACACUUGUAUAGUUAUGUUCACAAGAAGCAGCUUGACCUUUUAUGGUAACUGAUUUUUUUCUGUUGUUUGUUGAUGAGGGUUUACGGUCCGCUGCACAUAUAAGUGUCCAUUAAACAGUGAAAGACUACCUACAAAAUUACUAUUGACAUUCAUGUAUAUACAGUGCUGUGCAAAUUCCUCAUUUUUUUAUACUUUGCUUGAGCCUGUCUUUCAUUUUUUUAUAGUGCUCCUGAGCAACAAUUCUACAGGCUUUCAAAGUUUUUCUUUGGAUAUUGGCUGUUUUUACACUCAUUUUCAAUCCGGUUCAAUUUUCAGAAGAUUUUUUUGUUUGAUUGUUUAGCCACUUAACACUGAUUUUUAAAUCAUUCAGUGUUGUCUACGUAACAGACAAGUUAGCAAAGAGGCAGUUUUAAUUUUUAACUUUAGCACGUUGUUAAUAGCAUGAUCCCAUUUCUUUAGUUGAAUCUAAAAAAAAAAGUUAAUGCCAAAGAUAACUUAGUUUACUGGCAUAAAAUAGUGUUUUGGACCAACAUGGGGAUUAUUAGCGAAAAAUCUGGCUUAUCUUAGCAUGUCGUGCACUAUGUCCUUAAAACAGCAUAUGAAAGUCAUGUCCUUCAGAAACAGCAAAAACACCUGAGUCAGGUCUCUUUGUCAGUAAAGACCUAACCCAGAGACCGAAAAGAUGCAUCUGGCCUUUCAAUUGAUCCAUCUCCUUUCGGCAAAGCCUCAUCAUAAAUGUUCUCAGUAAAAAGGUGGCUGUCAAGAAGCCAUUCUUAAAGAAGGGAAACAAAUCACAAAAAACAGGACUAUAAAUCAGCGGUAACAGGUCUUCUGGAGUUGAUAUUUUAACUCAAAAUGUUACAUUUUGAGUUAAAAUAUGUCUGGAGCAGGUCAGGAGAGAGCUACCACAGUGAGUAUCUACAGGCAUCUGUAAUACACAGUGGAGGCUCUGUCAUGGUUUGCGGCUGCAUUUCAGCCAGUGGUGUUGGGGAUUUUGCCAAAAUUGGAAUUAUGAACGCGCAAAACUACCAGCUGAUUUUAAUCCACCAUGCAGUACCAUCUGGAAAGCAUUGUAUUGGCAAAAGCUUAAUUCUUCAGCGUGACAAUGAUCCCAAACUCACUGCCAAUGCAGUAGAAGUAUACGUGGAUAGAAAAACACAAAACAAAACACUAAGUAAUGGCUUGGCCUCCGUAGAGCUCAAACCUUAACAUAAUUGCAGCACUGGGGGAUCAUCUUAACAGAGAAGAGAAAAAAAGGAAGCCAACGUCCAAAGUAGAGCUUUGAAUGUCAUUCAAGAAGCCUGGAGAACUAUUCCUAAAGAAAUAACUAGAACGCUGUCCAAGAGAGUUCAGAAAUUCAACACGUUGACAACAACCAUUUAAAGAAUCAAUACUGGAAAUCAGUCACAUUUUAUAAAAGUCACUAACAUAUGCACAGUUGCCAUUUAUAAAUAAUAUCUUGAUAUGAGUAUCCUCCUGAAUACAAAGCAUUAAGUGGCUGGGUGGUAUUGGUAGUAAUUCAGUGCUUUUCUGCACUAAUUUCAUUCAGGCUCACCAAAGACUAAAGUAAUCACUUAUACAUGUUCUGGGGACAAUAUGUUACACACGUACCAGCGAGACACUUGAUAAAUGCAUUUGUUUUUACAGAACUUCACGUUUGCAUGUUUUGGGAAGAAUUUUAGGCUUGACUGUUCCGGUCUUUAUAAGUGCCAUAUGCUGGCGGAGACGAUAGCCAAGGAGUCUCCCAUGUCUUUUUGCUUUGUAUUGUGUAGCGUUUAUACAGUGAGGUUGUAUUUUUGUACACAGUAUUAUUUAUUUUUCUGCUUUUUGCUUCACUCUAGAACUCACACCAUUUUGUUGUUGCCUAAAAAGAAAUUAUGCCUGCCAGUGUUGACUGAGAAAAGUGAUGGAAACAAUAAAAAAGCUUG